CACAUUCUUUAUAUGUUUACCGCCUUACAGAUAAGUCCUUUGUCUGAUAAGACAGUGUGCAUGUUGUAUAGUAAACACCAGCCUAGUCGUGGUAAUUGCGGACAUGAUGAACCUGACCAAUAGUACUGCCGACUCGUCUGUGGUGACCUGUCUUAACAACGCCAUCUUAAGCGAUGAACUGGAGGAGGUGUAUGUUUUUAUUUUGGCGAUAUGCCUGAUUGGAAUUCUGUCCUGUUUUGAGAGGCGGAAGGAUACUUGCCGAUGCUUUGGAGGGAAACUAGGAUGCCUUAUACCAGUGAACUUAUUGGACGGAGAUCAAGAUAGGCUGGCAUACGCUGCUGCGUUUGGCUGUACGACUUCCACUAUCAUCACUAUCCUCAUGACAGAGGCUCUUUCCACACAGUGGUCAACGCUGGUCUCCUGUAAGUAACAUUUGUAAUGAAGGGCUGUGAACUCCUUGUUUUAACCUUCAGGACGAUUCAGUGUCCUUUGACGGGAGACCUCCAAACACUGUGUUAUUCCAUCUGACGUCGCAUUGUACAUUGUUACCUGCGACAGGCACAAAACAUGGCAUUAUACGUUUUUUUUUGUUCUGUGACGUAACAUAUUUUCAGCCUUCAUUUGUAGGACUCAUGUACGUUAAUGUGCGCGAGUGUGUAAUACGAUGCUUUAUAACAAAUUAUAUUGCAAAUUGAUGACGUUGUGGCGAAUUUUAUGGAAUAAGAUGAAAUAAAGAUGC